AUGAAUCUCUAUACGGAAGCUGGAGGCCUUUUCGGCACACACGUUACUUGGAGUGACAUUGAAGGAGACAUGCAACGCGAACUGAACACCACUGCCUUUUUUGGACCAAAUAAGUCGGCUAAAGAUAUAGGAGAAGGCAAUUCUACCCCUCCUGAUGGCCUACCACCUCAUCGUUUGGCUAAGUGUGGAGAACGAAACUCUGAGUCCCAUACAUGUGUCACUUUUGGAGGAUUCAUGUCAAAAGUCCUACUUAUUGAACCCGAUUGGCAGCACAAAGACAAAGAAGUACCGGAAAAAUUUGUGGCUAAGAUUGUAACCCAGCUCGCUGUGCACAAACUUUCGGCAGAAGUUGCAGAGCAGAAGAAUGUAAAGAAUAUAUUCAACAAUCCCGAAUUUAGGGCUAGCCUGGAGAAACGUCAGAAAAAGGCAAGCACUUAA